AUGUUAGAAAUUUCUGAAAACUCUAAUUUGCAGUUACAAUAUACUGGUUCUAUUAUCAAUGGUAAUGUAGAUAGUAACAUGACUCCAACCCUGAAUGAAACAGAAUCUCAACCCAGCAAUGAUAACUUUACACUUUUAUAUGAAAAACUUUGUGAUGUUAUAAUUCUUGCUGAUCAUAAAACUCAAGAAGCUAUUUUGUGUUACUGCUUAUUUGGAAAAGCUCUUAUGCAAAGAU